ACUAAAACUUGGCAUAUAGCGUGCUAACUAAUAUAGAAGUGACAAUCGUCCUUUUGUAGUAUAUUUAUUUUAUCAUACCUUACAAAAGCUACAAUUUUAUUAUGAAUCUAUUUUUCUCCCCUGGUUCCAUUCAAAUGGGACCGCUCGGCAUUAAUGGGUUAACAAAAACUGCAUAACUAUAAUUUGUUGUGUUUAAUUAACUCCUAAUGACUAAUUAACUCUUAAUGACAGCAUUUUUGGUUGUGCUAUAAAUUUGUUGCUUAGAUUUGUUUACAAAAUGGAUCAGGCCUGUUGAAGUAACUUGAAGAUGAAGGCCAGCAUUACCAGCAGCAACAUAGCCUAAAGGCUAAAGGUAGCAACAGGUUGCAGGUAAAGGUGGAAGCAUGUCUUCUGCCACUUCUGGACUGCUCUCGUUAAAAUGGAACAAACAUGAUUCCACUCUCCUGCAGCUCUUGACUGAUCUGCAAAACAAAUGCCGCUAUGAAGAUGCUACUGUUUCCUGUGGGGGAAAGUUCUAUCCCGUGCACAGGAUUGUGCUGUCAGGCUGCAGCAGCUAUUUUGAGCAAAUUUUUGCUCUGAUGCAUGACAAACAUCCCAUGAUUGUGCUCAAGGAUAUCACUUGUGACGUUUUCGAGGCUCUCUUAAGCUACAUGUAUGUCGGCCGAGUUGAAGUGAAAAAGGAAAACCUUGGGGAACUUAUCAAUGCUGCAGCUUGCUUGGAAAUCAAAGGCUUGGCAGUUUCUGAAGAGUAUGAAGGAGUAUCUGCUAUCAAUAGCAGUGCCUCAGAAGGAAUGGCAGGGCUGAAAAGAAAGGGGGAUCACUUACAUGACCUGCAUGAUGACAGUGAUGACUCUAGCCAGUUUCCUAAAGUGAAACGCAUUCCAUCAAUAAAUUUUGAAGAAUCAGUCUGUGGGAAGGAGAGGUCAAAUCUCAUCACUAAGGGCCAUGAUGAAGCACAAGAAGAAUUUAGUGUCAACAAUAUGGAGAGCGUCCAGGAAGAACUGCAUGAUUAUGCCAUUGUAUGUGAGGAUGAAGAUGAUGACUCUAUUGUUACUACUCAAGAAUAUGAUGUCAAAUUUGAAGCUGAGGAAAGCCAUGAAGUUCUAAGCCAGGAGUCAUGCAGCCAGUCAAGGGCAAGUGCUGCCAUCUUUGAUUUUGAAGCGAGCACCUCUGAUGCUGAGAGAGCUGAGAUGAUGGAAGCUGAGUCUAACCAGCAUGAACUACGCAGCCUCAAACUCUUUGAUAAAAAGCGGCCUGAUCACCAAACUGACGGCCAAGGAGGAAGUAGUGAGUGCUCUGCAGUGUCUACACCUCGAGUGGCUGGCGAGUGUGAAGAGAAUGCUCACGGCUUGCCUGUGUACACGGAAAAUGGCCCAGCCUCUAACACUUCUUAUGCAAGUGACAAUGUCGACACUUCCAUAUCUUUUGAUAUUUAUAGCAUGCUUGAUCUGCAUUAUGAUGAUGCUACAAAUAACAAAGAAGUGGACUUCUCGUCCAUGUUGCUCAAAGGUUUUGCUAGCGUGCCUGGUGCAGAUAGUCUAACCAGUCAAAAGUCUCCAAUAUUGAGGCAGCAGUGGCAGUGCCCUCAAUGCGACUACUCAACUCCCGUGAAGCAAUACAUAACCCAGCACAUCAGGCGGCACACCGGCGAAAAACCUUUUAAAUGUAACCUGUGUGACUACCGAGCUGCUCAGAAACAGAGCGUGACGUAUCACAUGCGCCGCCACACUGGUGAAAAGCCUUUUAAAUGUCCUCACUGCACAUAUUGUUCCUCGUCACGGCAGAACCUCGACCGCCACGUGAGACGGCACACGGGAGAGAUGCCGUACGGCUGUCCGUACUGCAGCUAUCGCUCCAUCACUAAAGGCCCUGUUGUUGAUCACAUGAGAGCUAAGCAUGGUGAGCUCGAGUGUGAUAAGUCACUCGUGCUCAAACUUGAGGCCAAGAAUGAAGGUUCCAGCAUCACCUGAGAGUUGUAAAACAAAUGAGCACCAAUUAUCAAUGAUGCUCAUUUGCUCGCGACUCUAACGCUCCGACAAUGGGUAGAUUAACUGUCGUCCAUUAUAUUUUUAUUUUAAAACCCGCAUAACUACAGCAGCCGUCAGUAAACCAAAAACCAUAGCUCAUUACCCCCUCUCUAACAUUUCCAGCAAUUGGGAAUAUUGUCCUCGCUCGAUGUUGAACGUAAAUUUUUGAAUAUUUUUAAAUUUCGUGUCAUGCAUCAUAUUUUUAAUAUUAAUUUAUUGGUUUGUGAAAUUUUUAAUGGACAGCGUUGCGUUGCCUUCAUAAGCUUCAUAUAAACAGGAUAAGUUUCAUAUAAAACAACGCAGAGGGAUUUGUUCUCUGUACAUUACCUAAAGGUAAUUUGUAUUUUUGAACCACUCAAAAACUGAUCUCAAUUGCGUAUACUAAUGUUUUAUUUAGAGGUUAAGAUAUCUAGCAUUGAGGUAGUAUAGCUAAGAUUUGUGAGCAUUUCUAAUUUCUAGUGACUCUAGUCUAGUCCUCGCCAAGACCUUGCUUAGCCAGGGUAUAUGUCAACAUCUCUGUGUU